AUGGAACGAAACAUUCCAUCAGAUGAAUUAUUAAAUGCAGUUAAAUAUCUUCGAAAUGACUUUCGUAUUGUGAUGGUCAAUUUUGACAAUGCCAUUCCAAUAUUUGUUUUGAUGAUUACAACGAAUAUUAAUUGGAGCUCAACUCUGAGUUUAACUCAAGAGAUUAGAAUGAAAAAUGCUUUCCAUGUAUCCUCUGCAUCUAAUGAAAUCCGUAAUAGUUAA